GCCACGUCACUUAGUCGAACGCCUUGUGCGCUGAGCGCUGUUGUGGUUGGUGAGAAGGGGGCCGAGCGCUGACGACAUCAAUCUGUCACAGGUGGGUGGGGCGAGCGAAACGAUGAGGCAGAGCAGUUAGUUCUGUGUAGGAAGCGGAGGAAGGAGGCGGUGGCUGGCGUGGUGCGCCCUGUGCAGCUGUGACGCCAGCCAUACUUUGGUUUCACUUGCAGCUUGAGAUAUGGGGGCACUUCUAGCCAAGUGGAGGGCAAAGCCCUCUACCGUAGAGGUUCUUGAGAAAAUGGAAAAGGAUAUUCAGUCUCUGGAAGAAUUCCGUGAUAAAAAUCAAAAACUGCGCAAGAUUUGGGUUGCAAGACUGUUCUUUUAUUCCACCAUUCUUUAUAUCCUAACAAGUCUGACUGUAUAUUUAUGGUACCUUCCGGACGGCAUGACAGCAAGACUCCUCACAAUGCUUCUGUUUUUGUCGUUUCCAGUGUUGAUAUGGUUUGUCAGAACACUACUUAUUCUGUGGUUUUCCAGAAGAACUGAAAGAAAUAAUGAUGCACUGGAACUUUUAAAAACAGAGAAGAAGAAAAUACUUGAAGAGGUGAUGGAAAAAGAAACCUAUAAGGCAGCUAAGCUAAUUCUUGAAAGAUUUGACCCAGACUCAAGGAAGAUAAAGGAACUUGAGCUUCCUGUUCCUGGACCACCAAUAACACCUAGACCAGGCCAAGAUCUGCGCCAAAGGACGGCAGCUCAAAGAAACAUAAGUGUGUCCACCCCAGUAAACCCGGGCCAGGAAUCUCCGCAAGUUCCAGGACUGUUGGCGGCAACUCCAUCUCUUCAAAGAGAUACUUCAGCUCCUGGUGGCCCCCCUGAGCGAUCUGUUCAGCCAACACCUCAGUCAAACAUCUUACAGAGACGCCCUGGAUCGCCUGCAACUACAGUAUCUGGAAUGGCUAUUCAUCCCCCAGGGCCUCCACUGGCAAGACCAAUUCUUCCAAGGGAAAGAGGUGCAAUGGAUAGAGUUAUUGAGUACCUGGUUGGUGAUGGUCCACAGAACAGGUAUGCCCUAAUAUGUCAGCAGUGCUUUUCCCACAAUGGAAUGGCCCUUAAAGAAGAAUUUGAAUAUGUUGCUUUUAGAUGUGCCUACUGCUAUUUCCUCAAUCCUGCUAGAAAGACACGUCCACAGGCACCACGGCUUCAAGAAAUCAAUUUUGACAGGCAAAGGCAAAGGACCGACUCUCAAGGCUCUGUGAGUUCUGUGCAGCCCCCUGCUGCAGAACAGCUGGAAAACCCACAGUCUCCAGAGGCAAUGGAAGAGGAUUCACCUGCACAGGCAGAGGAACAAGCAAUAGAAGAGGACUCUACAUGCAGUGAACAGCAGUGGGAAGAAGCGCCUGAUGAUAGCGAGAAAGACCCAUCGCCAGUUGCUGAAUUAAAUCCUUCGGAAUCAAAUCCUUCCCCUCCUGCAGCCAAUGAAACUGAAGAAUCUUUUAUGGAAACAGAAUAAAUGUGUCUCCAUUAGCUCAUGGCAGCUUUAUUCUUACAGGCUUGUGCUCUUAUGGAACUUCCUACAGAAAAGUUGUGUCUAAAGCUGGUGAACAGAAUGUUGCGCCGUAUUAUAAGCCUGCAGCUAAUACAGCACUGGGGAAUGUAUAACUGGUAUUUCUUGACUAGGCCUAAUAGCUUUUGGGUCUAUUCCUAAGCUUGGAAGAAAUAAAUGCAUUUUAUGUUAGGUUUUUAACAUUAUUUCAAAAUUAUUUAUUUUAUGUUGAUAUGAAAAGAUUAUGUAGAUUGGGUAAUAUCAGUUGUACCCGGGAACUGCUUACAGAUUCUCAAUCUGUCCUUUAUCUGAUUGGACCACCGUCUGUACUCCAAGGGUCUUUAAACCUCACAGAAAGCAAUAUGGAACAUAGCACUUGUUUUAUUUUGUUUUAGCUUUUAUUUAUAACAAAUGGAGUUCACAUGCACACUGUUGCCGUACAGCAAAUUACUUUGAAUGGCCACACAUAAAUGUUUGUAUGAAAUGCAGCUCAUGUUUACAUAAAAUAACAUAGGAAGAACUUUGUAUUGUCUUUCAAUGCUGAAUGAUAUUUAUAGCUGUCCAGUGAUGGUACAUGCACCAACUCUAAUGCCUUUUGAGUGUAUAUAUUUUGUAAAGUAAAAUAAAGAUAAUUAAGAAAA